AUGCGCCGCACUCCGCAACGCCCUCGUUCCGGUGACGCCUCUGUCGCAACCCCUCGUACCAUCGAGCCACCCACCAAAAAGAUCUUCAACUGCAUAGCCGACGACUCGGCUUUGCUCGCAGGCGCAAAGAAGAGCACCCGUGAUGGUAUCCGGAAAUGGAUCGCCAACGGUCAGAUCAGGCUCUUUGUGCCUCUAUACACCCUCGCCCAAACCACUCGUCUGAAGGAUGGAAACGGUCGCAUCAGCAGCGACGCCGAAGAUGCCCUGGUCUGGCUAGACGAUGCCACCAGCACUUACCCCCACCUCGUCACACUGCAAGGCGGCUUCGAAAAGUUUGAGACAUGGGCAGAAGUUGAGAAGUUUGCCCUGCCAAAGACUUUGUUCUCUGAAGGCGACGUUCAUGAUGAAGAGCUGGAAGGCCCAUCCGACGACCUCGUUCAUACAACCGAAGCCAAACUUGCCGUUCGCGACGCAAACCUCUCCAUGAGCUCCGCCGAUACAGACGCUUCCCGAUCAGCCACUCCUUCUUCUGUACACACCGCUCGUAGUUCUGUCAGCGCUGAGCCUGCGGCCGAGUGCCCUCCAAAUAAAACUCGUGGCCGCGCUCAGUCAUCCAAAUCCGCAGCCAAAAAGUUGGUGCCCGAUUCUGCAUCGACUUCUGGUGUUCCUUCGCAUCUGCGCCCUCUCUUCAACUACAUUCUCUGGCGCAUUCACCAAGAACUCGACCCUGUCGCCGCUCUGGAAUCUUUCAUCUUCCUGACUGAUGACCCUACCAAGACGAAACUCGCUCAACGCUUCGGCAUCCGCACCAAGAGCCUCGCCGAUAUCCGCUACGUCGUUGCAAGAGAAGAACGCGAAUUCAAGAAUAGACAAGUCGUUCAGCGCAAGGAGAUUGAAAGUAACGCUGUCAUCGCACGUCCCGACACGCGUGCUACCGCCACAACAGCGACAGCCACCCCUGCGAAGGAGGAGACUGUCAUGCGUCCAGAGCUCUUGCCUGUUGACGAGAGACCUACCGCGGUCAGCGAGGAUGAAGACGAAGUUUUGCUCAAGCACCCACCCAAGGCUCCUGCAGCCAUGCUCGCUCAACACAAAUCUCCCAAGGCUGGAAAUAAGGUGAUGGAUCCCAAUCAGUUCUCGCGUGGAGCUCAGACUCCGGCCCGUGGAAAUGUCCGUGGUGGUGCCUCCUUCAGAGGCAAUUCUACUCGUGGUCGCGGUGCUUCCUUCACGCCCGCAGGACCAGGCAGAGUCACUGCUCCAACAAAGCUGGAUCUCACCCCUACUACCAACGGAAAUGGACCAAUUGACCCCAAUUCUUUCACUCGUCCUUCAGCAAACACCAACAAGUUCCGCGGUGGCCGCAGACUCUGGGUACCCACGUAG